AUGGCUUCAGAACAUGAAAUCACCGCCGUAGCGGCGCACUCGAACAAGGAAUGCUUGACGACAUCUGCGACUGAAACCUCCGGCGCAGCCAACAAGGAUGAGGGAAUCUACGUCGCCGAGACGACCAAUCGCCGCAAUCCCGUCGGAUCGCGAUUGGGCUCUAUUCUCAGAGCCUUCGAGCACCAACUCGUCGAAUAUAAUUUGGAGGCCCGUGGUGUUGAGCGGGUUGCCGUGGAUGAGCGCAUGAAGCGCAACACAUGGAUGACGUAUCUGCAGGUCUUCUUGCUGUGGAUAUCGAUCAAUCUUGCGCCCAAUAACAUCACCCUCGGGAUGUUAGGGCCUGCAGUGUUUGGUCUCAACUUCCUGGACUCUGCGCUUUGUGCUGUUUUUGGUGUCUUGGCUGGUUGCUUGGUCGCCGCUUGGAUGGCUACAUGGGGCCCCAUUUCAGGAAUUCGGACACUGGCGUUCGGAAGAUACUCCAUGGGCUGGUGGCCUAGCAAGAUCAUCGUUCUCUUGAACCUUGUCCAGAUGAUUGGAUAUGGCUUGAUUGAUUGCGUCGUUGGCGGACAGAUCUUGUCGGCUGUCUCCCCCGGCGGCAUGUCCGUGGCUGUUGGCAUCGUGAUCGUCGCAGUCAUCAGCUGGGUGCUGGCUACCUUCGGUAUCCAAGUCUUCCAUUACUAUGAACGAUUCGCCUUUUUGCCCCAAAUUAUCAUAAUCUUCAUUCUAUUCGGAGUAUCAUCCGCGAAAUAUGACUUAUCAUCGGCCUCUGUCGGUGAUACUCGGACAGUUAUUGGCAACAGAAUAUCCUUCUUCUCCAUCUGUCUCAGCGCCGCAGUCACAUAUUCCCCACUAGCAGCCGAUUUCUUCGUCUACUACCCCGAAAACACCUCUCGGGUAAAAAUCUUCUGCCUGUGUCUAGCAGGCCUCAUGACCUCAUUCACUCUGGCCCUAGUCUCCGGUGUGGGAUUGGCCUCUGGCAUCUCUACACACGCAGAAUAUGCCACCGCGUACGCGAAAGGCCAAGGCGCGCUCAUCGUCGAAGGAUUCGGCCCCCUACACGGAUUCGGCAAAUUCUGCUCCGUCGUCUGCGCCCUGGGCCUAAUCGCCAACAAUGUUGCUCCCACUUACUCCGCCGGCAUUGACUUCCAGAUGCUCGGCCGCUACGCGGAGGCAGUACCGCGCGUCAUCUGGAACACCGUUGCCGUAGUCAUCUACACCGUCUGCGCCCUCGUUGGCCGCAGCAACCUCUCCGAGAUCUUCACCAACUUCCUCGCCUUGAUGGGCUACUGGGUCGUCAUGUGGUUCGCCAUCAUCCUCGAAGAGCGUUUCAUCUUCCGCCUGCGCACGGGAUACAACUGGGCGAUCUGGCGAGACCCAUCCAAGCUACCCCUCGGCAUUGCCGCUCUGACUGCCUUCAUCAUUGGCUGGGUAGGCGCCGUUCUGUCUAUGGCUCAGGUGUGGUACAUCGGACCGAUUGCGAAAUUGGUCGGCGACUACGGUGCUGAUAUGGGGAUUUACGUCGGGUUCUCUUGGACUGCGCUUUUCUACCCUCCUCUGAGAUACAUCGAGCUUCGCUUCAUCGGCCGCUAG